AUGGCUGUCUCCCCACCAUCCCAGGCCAAGCAAAACAAAGUUCCAUCAGCCUUAGAACUGCCCCAGAGACUGGCACCAAGCCUAGAGCAAAAACCGGAGUCUCUGGGAGAGGAACAUUCAUGUAUUCUGAGGGCCACAGCUGCAGCUCAGACCCUAGCCAGUGUCAUCCGGCCUUGUUAUGGCCCCUGUGGCCGGCAGAAGUUCCUGGUGACUGCUAAGGGGCAAACAGUUUGUACCGGUCAUGCCGCUGUCAUCCUUAGGGCUCUGAAACUGGAGCACCCAGCUGCCCAGUUUGUCCGAGAAGUAGCCCAAACACAGGCAGAGAACACCGGGGAUGGCACAGCCUUCGUAGUUCUCCUGACUGAAGCCUUGCUGGAGCAGGCCCAGCAUCUUUUGUGGGCCGGCUUAGCUCGGACCCAGCUCCGGGAGGCCUUAGCCACGGCCACAGCAGAAGUACUGACAGCUCUGCCUUCCCUGGCCAUCCGCUCUCUAGGGCCUUUGGAAGACCCAUCCUGGGCACUCUAUUCUGUGAUGAACACCCACACCCUCUCCCACACAGAGUACAUAACCAAGCUUGUGGCUCACGUGUGCUGGGUCAACAGGGAGCCGAACGGCAGCUUCAAGCCUGAGCGUAUUGGCGUGUGCGUGCUGCAGGGGGGGACGCUGAAUGAUUCCCAAAUUCUCCCAGGGUUAGCAAUAUCUGGGAAGCCCUGUGGACAAAAGACCGAGGUGCUAGCUAAUGCCAGGGUGGCCCUGUUUAUUUGCCCCUUUGGUCCUACGAAUACAUUUGCCCUGGCCACACCCUGUCUCUCCAGCUCUGAAGAACUACUAAGAUUUCGGAAACAAAACGAACAAGUGGAAAACCAAAUAGCUGAGCUGGCUGCAAUGGACAUUAAUGUGGCAGUGGUGUGGGGGGAAGUUAAUGAGAAUUUGGUGCUUCAGGCUGACAGUUGUGGCAUCAUGGUGAUUCAAGCCAAGUCCCGAAAAGAGAUGGUCUACCUGAGUGAGACCCUGGGUACUCCUCUGCUCACGCGGCUGCUUCCUCCCCUGGAGGUGGGGAGGUGCCAGAAGGUUUACAGGCAGAAGUUUGGAGACAGUGUGGCAAUGGUGUUUGAGUGGGAAGAGGAGAGGUCACCUUUCUUCACGGUGCUCCUUAGGGGACCUACCAUCCAGGGACUUCGGGGUGCAGAGCAGGCUGUCUACUAUGGCAUUGAUGCAUUUUCUCAGUUGUGUCAAGAUCCCAGAGUGCUACCAGGAGCUGGUGCCACAGAAAUGGCUCUAGCAAAGAUGCUGGCGGACAAAGGAAGCCGGCUGGCAGGCCCCGACGGGCUGGCCUUCCUAGCAUUUGCCCAAGCCCUGAGCUCUCUGCCUAAAACCUUGGCAGAGAAUGCAGGCUUAGCUGCCCAAAGUGUGAUGGCAGAAAUGAGCGGAAUUCACCAAGUCGGGAACUUCCUCGCUGGAGUGGGAACAGACGGGAUAAUAAAUGUAGCCCGCGAAGGGGUAUGGGACAUACUCAGGGCCAAAGCCCAAGGCCUACAAGCAGUCUCCGAGCUGGUGCAGCAGCUGGUGACUGUCGAUGAGAUCAUAGUGGCCAAGAAGACUCCUGUCUACCAGCAGAUUACAAGACCCACCUCGAAGACAAAGGGAUCCUCACCCCUGAAAGAAAAAUUUUUUGGAAAGUAUGUAUAG